AUGUUUAAGUUGAUUAUUCUUGAAAAAAAGCGUCAGUUUUUGAAAACGGUAAAGCAGGUGCUUUUAAAGUAUGUAUCUCUAGAUGCUAUAAGUGUUGACUGUAAAAAAAAGGUCAUUUCACCAAAGACUAAUUCAAUUGUGAUUUUUACAAAGCAUCCUCUGCUGAUGAUGCUGGUUCAAGCAGAGACAAGAAAAGAAGACAGAGCUUUGAUGCCACUUAUCCGCAGACUCCCUCCGUGCCAUGACCACAAUCCAAGGGAGACUGAAGUUUUCAAACAGAAUUUAGGUGACACUUAUCAAGCCUUUGCCAGAAGAAUUCCGUUUGAUAAUUGUCCUUUUGAUGAUUACAGAGAUAGCCUUAAGGAAAAAAUAAUUGAAGCCUCAUCAACUGUCUGUUAUCUGAAGCCUACAACAACUUUAAAAUCAAUUACCUGUCAUUUACACGCUCCAAAACCCUCGUACCAGGAAUCAGUCAGUGUAUUUUUUAAAGCCUGUACGGAGAUCGCUACUUCCUGCCUCUACAAUAUUGUCGAAAAUUUUGAACAAAGGCUUGUAUAUUUUUUGAAGUUCAAGUUGCAAAUGAUGUUUGUGUUUACAGAAUGCAAGAAAAGUUUAGCUGUAAACCCUGGUUGCUUUGUCUCCUUUUUAUUUCUGAUCAAUGAUGAGCUGGAGAAAGAGCAUGCUGCCCACAAAUCCUACGAUGUAGGAAGACUCCCUUUAUCAAGAUUAUUCUCUGUGCUGCCAACUGCCUCUAUACGAUGGCGAUUUGUCACUGUGAGCGUGAACGCUCUCUCUUGUUUUAUAAGGCAGAAGCUACCUCAUGGUUGUCAAGAUCAACUAGAGCUGUUUUAUCGUAUUCUUAAAUUCCAGUCUCUGCGUUAUAGAAAUCUCUCAUCACUAACUCCAAAUGGAAGCAACACAGUGCUUUUUGGCAACAUAAUGAGAAUCGAUGGCUUCUCAAUAGACUUUCUAUUCUUCAAAAGACGACAUGUUACCCUUGCAUCUGCAUACAAAACUUUAGAUUUAUCUCUGGAUGAUUUAGUAAAUCUGAAAUCGAACAAACAUACGUUCCCAUUUUUAUUGACCCUAAUUGGAGAUCGUUAUCAGUGCUACUGUUGGUAUUCAAGAUCAGCGAAUACGAAAAUGUAG